AUGCAAACUAUAGCAAACUCCCUUGGAAGCUUCGACUGCAGAUCUUGUGGCAAGGUCUUGCUACACUUGAGAGCUUUUGAAGCGACUGACUUGUAUACAGCUGCCCGUGGACUGGUAGAGUUGCAUAAUCUUGGGGUUUAUCAUCUAGAUUUCAAGCCGGCGAAUAUCCUUCUUGAUGAGAAGAUGAACGCAAAGAUUGGUGACUUCGGGCUCUCCAAGGUGAUUCACAACCAGGCUGAUACCAUGGACUCCCGACUGCUGCUUGCCAUGUCAAGAACCCGCCAUAGUGCAGCAGGCACAGGUCAAAUCUUGCUUUGA